GAGGAACUCACGGUUACGCGUUAGUCCCUUUUAAACAGCCGUGUGAUUCACUUCGUUCGUAAUAAAAUAAACUGAAAGCAGAGAAAAGCUGCUGCGAAUCAGUUGUUAACUUGCAUUUAACAAACAAACCAAUUCCGCUGACCACUGGUGAUGUCACAGCUGCGCUCGAAAGUCAUUAGCCUCUACAAGCACUUGCAGUAUUUGGGCCGCGAAUAUCCCGGCCUGAACGGGCCGCAGAAGUUCAGGAAGCAGAUCCACGAUGCCUUCAUGAACCACAAGGACGAGCAGGAUCCCAAGAAGAUCGUCGCCCUGCUGGCCCAAGGACGCUACUUGGCCAAGGAGGUGGAGGCCCUGUACUCCCUAAAGAAGUACCGUAGUGUCAAGCAGCGCUAUAGCUACAAUGACUAAGUGGGCGGAACGUAAAACGGCGGGCGGUAGGCGUGGCAGCGAUGCGGAAAUCGCGGCGAAAAUUCAAGGACUGAUGCUGGGGAUUGGGGGGAGCACGAAGAUGGAGGUGUAGAAAGAAUCAUGAGAAUAUGAUACGUUUCGCCUUGCUUGUCGCACACAAAAACCCAAAAAAUAUACAUACUGAUAUGCAUAUUGUUCGGCAAAGAAAAAAAAACGCAACCCAAAACACACAAUAAUAAUUUCAAAUGUCUUGUCAAUGUCCAACUUAAAGUUUGUUAUUGAGGCACCAAAAAAAGCGAAAAACGAGCCGUAGCGAAUAAACGAAGCCGCCAUUGAAUAAACCAACUGACUUUUAUGAUUUCAAAA